UUAUCUUAUUGAACAAAUUUUAACCCCGAAGUGGCAUGGGAAAGAGACAAUCCCUUGACGUCUCUCUCCACCUUUUUGUAGGUGGACAAGCGCUUGUGUGAUGUGAUUUUUUCUAUCUUCAUUCAAAAUCAAAACUUGUUUCCCUGUUAAUUAUACCGUCUGACUACAUUCGGCAUAAAGAUGAGUUGGGGGUCGUCGACUAGACAGUUUCGAGUCGACCAUAGAUAGGCCAUCAUGUCUCUGUCUCUGUCUUUGCCUCUGCCUUGUGGAUUGUGCGCACUCCUUGUGAUUCUGCUCGUGCACCUGUCGGCAUCGGCGCCUCCAACACUCGUGCCACAAAUUCGCACUAAUGGCUUCCAGUUGGAGCCCCUCGAGAACACGUACUACCUCAGCAUUCAGCAUCCGGAUGGGACUAUUCGCCGGGAAUCUGUGAAGGAGAUUGCUCCGGGGCUGCUGCAAGUUGAGGGUGUCAUCAAUCAGCCAUUCGAGGAGCUGGGCACUUCACUGGUGGUCACCUACCGGGCUGGACCCGAUGGCUACGUGGCCAAGUAUACGUAUGGCAAGGGCCCGCCAACACCGCCGCCCCAACUGCCGCAAUUCCUUAGUCCAAAUGCCUUAAAGUCUUCGGUGGGCUAGCUCUAAAGCGAAUCUCUUGA